CAGAAACAAAAAACUAGGGAUUAUAAAAUUUCGGAGGCAGCUCCUCUUCCUCCGCCUUUCUCCACCUUCUUAAACCCCAAUUUCUGAACCCUAAUACAACCAAACCAUGGAAGGAGUGGAGCUUCAUGAAGACGCCUUACCGAUCAAUCAAGAAGAUGAAGAUAUAUGCGAUUCAAUCCUUUCCCGAUUCGGAACUUCAACAAAAGAACUCCACCAACAUCUCUGUGCAGUAGUGGGUGCAAUCUCAGCAGAACUCAAAGAAUCAACAAAACAAACUUCAAUCUCUGUGAUAUACUAUUUCGGUGCUACGACUUCGUCUUUAACUAAGUUAUCUGAAGAAUCAAAUCCAUCUGAACAUAUCAUUACAGCUUUGUUGACGUUUCUGUCGAUGGUGUUGCCGAGAGUUUCUAAGGCGAUUUUGGGGAAGAAGAGAAGUGAAGUGAGUGGACCGAUUUUGAAGGUUUUGGGAAGGAAGGGUGGUGAAUCGGGUGAUGUUGGUUCAGUGAUUUCUGGGUUGAAAUGUUUGGGGUAUUUGGUUGUUGUUGGUGAUAAAGGGAAUUGGAGUGAGAUUGAGAAGUUGUAUGAUGUUGUUCUUGGUUUCAUUUCUGAUCACAGGGAGAAGGUUAGGAAGCAAUGUCAUACUUGUCUCCAUGAUGUACUACAAAGUUUUAAAGGAACUGGAAUGCUGGCACCUGCUUGUGAAGGUAUCACGAGGAUAUUCGAGAGGAAUCUUCUAUUUGCCUGUAAAUCGAAUGCAGCUAGUACAUCUGAUGGUGGAUCAGGAGGAGCUCAGGCGGUCUUAUACAUAAUACAUUGUUUGAAGAAUUGUCUUCCGCUUAUGGCCAAAAAGAACAUUACGAGUGUUCUUAAUCAUUACAAGUCAUUAUUGGAUCUGGAUCAACCUAUUGUGAAUAGACUUAUCACCGAUAACUUGAAUGCGCUGUGUAUCCACCCGACUUCAGAAGUUUCACCAGAAGUUUUGGGAGAUCUUUUGGGGUCACUAGCAAACGCUGUCCACAAAGGUAACCGGACUGCUGAUAGCAUGACAUUCACUGGACGCUUGCUCGAUGUUGGUAUGAGAAAAGUUUACCCGCUGGAUAGGCAAGGAUGUGUGGUUAAGCUCCCUGAUGUGUUCAGAGCACUAGCAGAAAUUUUGGCAUGUGAGCAUGAGGAGGCAAUAUUUGCGGCUGCAGAGGCAUUGAAGAGUUUGAUACAUGCUUGCAUUGAUGAAAUUUUGAUCAAACAAGGAGUGAAUCAGAUAGUGUUGAACUCUGAUGAGGAAACAAGAAAGUCCGGGAAAACUAUUAUAGAGAGAAUAUGUGUCAUCAUUGAGAGCUUGCUUGGUUAUAAGUAUAAUGAUGUGCUGGAUUUGGCUUUUCAGGUUGUUUCCGCCAUGUUUGAUAAAAUAGGAAAUCAUUCUUCAUACUUAUUGAGGGGAACCCUAAGGAGCCUGGCAAAUAUCCAGGACCGGACAGACGAAGAUCUUGCAUACAGGAAACAGCUACACAAAUGUAUUGGUUCAGCUCUUGGUGCAUUAGGACCUGAAACUUUUUUGAGCAUAUUGCCGCUCAAUUUGGAGUCAGAAGAUGUGUCCGAGAGUGGUGAUUGGUUGUUUCCUAUUUUGAAGCACUAUACUGUUGGAGCCAGUCUAAGCUUCUUUACAAAGUCCAUUCUUGAUAAGGUUAAAUUUGUAAAGAAGAAAUCUCAGAGGCUUGAGCAAGAGGGUCGGAUAUACUUAUCAAGGAGAGCAGAAGCACUGGUGUAUUCACUUUGGUCUUUGUUUCCAGCCUUUUGCAACUAUCCCGUGGAUACUGCUAAUAGUUUCAAGGUUCUCGAAGAAGCAUUAUGCAGGGCCCUUCGUGAAGAACCUGAUGUGCUUGGGAUAAUAUGUUCCGGUUUGCAGAUACUCAUUCAACAGAAUAACAAAAUGGUGAAAGGAAAUAAUGAUCUGCCCACUAACGAAUUAAGCAUUCCUGAGAAAAGAGCUGUGGCUCUUUAUACACCAGAAGUUGCAAAGGCAAACUUGAAGGCUUUGAGGUCGUCGGCUCGUGAGUUCUUGUCAGUUUUAUCUAGUAUAUUUUUGAGCGGUGCUGAUGUUGAGCAUUUGCGUGCUGAGGUUGAACGCCUGAAGAAGACCAUGCCUGAAAACACGACAACCAUUGAGGAUUUAGAAAAGAAGUUGAAGGAGGCUGAGGCUUCAAAAGAUUGUGGUGGAUCUUUGCAGUCUACAAUUAGUGAAUUUGCUUCCAUAGCGGAUAAGAAAGAUAUCCAGUGGUCUUUUACGAGAACCAUGAAGAGGCUUUUGAAGGUGACUAAAGAGUCUCUUGAAUCAGAAAAAUCUAAAAAAUCCAGUUCUAUGGAGGUUGAUCCUGUGAAUGAACUCUCACCAAAGGCUGCAAGGGCACAACUAUUGGAUUUGGCUGUAUCACAUCUUCCUGGUUUGGAUCCUGAAGCAGUUAAGUUACUGAAUACCUCAAUACGUCCAGCAUUAGAGGAUAGUGAAGGGUUGCUUCAGAAGAAGGCGUACAAAAUACUCUCCAUUAUUCUGAAGCAUCGUAAUGAGUUCCUUUCAGAAAAUAUUGAUGACCUACUUCAGCUCUUGCUUGAAGUGCUGCCUUCGUGUCACUUUUCAGCAAAACGUCAUAGGCUUCAAUGCCUUUAUUUCUUGAUUGUACAUGUUUCGAAGAAUGGUUCAGAACAAAGGAGAAGUGGCAUUAUAAGUUCCUUCUUAACUGAAAUUAUACUAGCGGUCAAAGAGUCCAACAAGAAGACAAGGAAUAUGGCCUAUGACUUGUUAGUACAAAUUGGUCAUGCGUGUGGUGACGAAGACCAAGGCGGGAACAAAGAAAAUUUGCAACAACUGUUUAACAUGGUAGCCGGUGGCCUGGCUGGUGAAACACCUCAGAUGAUCAGUGCUGCAGUUAAAGGGUUGGCUCGGUUGGCCUAUGAGUUCUCGUAUCUUGUUUCAUCAGCAUGUAAUGUGCUUCCAUCAUCGUUCCUUUUGCUGCAAAGAAAGAAUCGAGAAAUUAUCAAGGCUAAUUUAGGACUACUGAAGGUUUUGGUGGCCAGAUCACCAGCUGAGUGGUUACAAACACACUUGAGAAGUGUGGUUGAAGGACUGUUGAGGUGGCAGGACGACUCUAAGAAGCAUUUUAAAGCGAAGGUCAAGCUUCUUCUUGAAAUGCUUGUUAAGAAAUGUGGUCUUGAUGCUGUUAAAGCAGUGAUGCCUGAAGAACACAUCAAACUGCUUAAAAAUAUAAAAAAGCUCAAUGAUCGGAAAGAUCGGAAAGAUGAUGCUGCCUCCAUGGAAAGUAAAUCUGUUCGCUCAAAAGCAACCACAUCAAGGUUAAGCAAAUGGAAUCAUACCAAGAUAUUUUCAGAUUUCGGAGACGAUUCUGAGGAUAAUAGUGAUAUGGAAGCAGAAACUGUUACUAGUCGACGAACUGCUUCUCAGUUCAAUACCAAAGCAUCUGCAGCAAGGUCAAAGCAAACACGCCGUUCUGCCAAGAGGAGCUUGCCAGAGGACUUCAUAGACCAGUUUGAAGACGACCCUCUAGAUUUGCUAGACCAGCUAAAAACUAGGUCAGCACUCCGGAGUAAUGAGAGCAGCAAAAGACAACAGGAUUCUGAUGAUGAGGUUGAGAUCGAAGACGGGAAAUUAGUAAUUCGUGAGGGAGGAAGGCCGAAGAGAGAUGCUCCAUCUGAGCCUGACACAGACUCAAGAAGUCGAGCUAGCGGUAGUCGUAUGUCAUCCAAGUCUUCGAACGACCAAAAGAAGCGCAGGAAAACAUCAGAGUCUGGAUGGGCAUAUACCGGACAAGAGUAUGCUAGUAAGAAGGCUGGUGGAGAUUUGAAGAAGAAGGACAAGCUUGAGCCAUAUGCUUAUUGGCCACUUGACAGGAAAAUGAUGAGCCGUAGACCAGAGCAUCGGGCGGCAGCUAGGAAAGGUAUGGCUAGUGUUGUAAGAAUGACAAAGAAGCUUGAAGGCAAGAGUGCUUCUGCUUUGCUGUCUUCUAAUGGCGGUGCAGAGUUUAAGAGGAAGCAAAAUAAAAGUGGUAGCAGCAGCAGCAGCCGCCGCAAGAGAAGGUAGAAAGAGGUUCUGGACUCUUGUCAUAAAGUGUACCAAGUGGAUAAAUCAGUUUUUUUGAUUUUCGCGGUGAAGGGUUAUUUGGGUAUAGCGUGACGGUUUACGCGAGUUUUGGCUGGCUUUGUGAUGCUUUUUGCUGCCCUUGUUUGUUUCAUGUAUGUUAGGAAACGUUUACAGAUGCUGUGAUAUUUUGGUAAUAGUUUUUCUUUCGGGGCUGUGCUUUUUUGGAAUCUUCUUCUGAGUUUGUAUUGCUAAUGUACAUAACACUUGGCUGAGA